AAGCCCAGCCGGAGGAGUGGGAGAAAGAUGUGUGCGAUUAGAAUCUGCCUGUGCGUGCUGGUUCUCGGGAAGUUGUAUCGGACACAGACCGAAGGCUUAGCUCAGCCAGUUCUCCUGCUAACAGCUCAGCUUGGAGACACUGCAACGCUGCGGUGCUUCUUUGCUAAAGAGAAAACCGCAAUCAAAGUAUUGUUCAAGCAAACUGUGGGCCACACACCUGAGCUCGUAUUGUCAUCAGUUAAAUAUGGAAAUGAUGUCACCUUUUACAGUGAGUUUAAAGAUGACCCACGCAUUACAGCUCACAUGCACAAUGGAAUACUGAAUUUAAUCAUCUCCAAAACCCAACCAUCAGACUCAGGGAUGUAUUACUGUGGGAAAAUGUAUUCAACAACCGUGGAGUUUGAUAAAGGAAUGUUUCUUAUACUACAAGGGUCAGAGUCACACAGCAGGACAGUAGUACUUCAGCAGCCCGAGUCUGAGUCAGUGCAGCCAGGAGACUCUGUGACCCUGCAGUGUACAGUACACACUGAGACCUGUGCAGGAGAACACAGUGUGUACUGGUUCAGACAGGGCUCAGGAGAGUCCCCUCCAGGAAUCAUUUACACCCAUGGAAACAGGAGUGAUGAGUGCCAGAGGAGCUCUGGGGCUGUGUCUCCCACACAGAGCUGUGUCUACAACUUCCCCAAGAGGAACCUCAGCCUCUCUGAUGCUGGGACUUACUACUGUGCUGUGGCCACCUGUGGGGAGAUCCUGUUUGGGAACGGAACCAAGCUGGAUGUUAAGGGGAAUGAACAUCUGCCUCUUUAUUGCUUGGUGGGAGCUCUGGCGUUGAGUGUGAUCUUAAACAUUGUCCUUGCUCUGAACAGAAGAAAAAGCUGUGAGAAUUGCAAAGGAGCUGCAUCAACGAACCACGUGUCCAGAGAAGACUUGUCAAGCGAACAGUAUGAAGAGGAAGCAAUGAAUUACGCUGCUUUGACUUUCACCACCAAGAAACCCAAAGUGAGGCGGAACAAGAGGGAAGUGGAGAAAGAAACGGUUUACUCCGAUACGAGAUUUAGAGACCGCGAGUGAAGCUUUCCGUGAAAAUUCGUCUUCAUCACAAGAAUAAUCACUGUUUAUCAAACAUUUUUUCACUAGCAUUGGUGAACAUAAUAAUGUGUGGCUGUAAAUGACAUAGACCUACGGGAUUUUCCUUUUUUUAAACUAAGAGCUUGUGCUUGU